AUGACCGCUGCCUCUACUCUCACGCCCGACAAUGAGCUCCUCGCCAUUGGAGAAGAGCUCACGCCCCUACCAUCCUACAAAAUAGCAUCAACGACUACCAUAUCUUUUGAUAAUCUGCUUGAUCCACCCCUCAAGCUGCAUGAGGAUCUAUCCGCUGGGUGUGGCGGUCAGCUCUGGCCAGCCGGUAUGGUGCUCGCGAAGCACUUGCUUCACUACCAUCGUGAGGCCAUGGCAACGGCUAGAAUCCUAGAAUUAGGCGCCGGCGGGGGCCUCGUCGGCUUGGCUGUUGCCCUGGCUUGCAGCCCGCAAGAGGCCAUCUUCAUUACUGACCAGAGUCCCAUGUUGAAGCUCAUGCGGCAAAACAUUGCCCUCAACUUUCUCGAAAGCCGAGUCAAUGAAUUUUUACUUGACUGGGGAUCCCCAUUGCCAAAAGAGAUUGUGGAAUUCCGUCCCAAUGUUAUUUUGGCAGCUGAUUGUGUGUAUUUUGAGCCUGCAUUUCCCUUGCUUCUUGCCACAUUAGAGGCUCUAGUUAAAUUGUGUGAGGAGACUGUCAUCUAUUUUUGCUUCAAAAGGCGAAGGAGAGCGGACAUGCAAUUCCUUAGACAGGCAAAAAAGAAAUUUCAGGUUGACGAAAUAGAGGAUGAAGAUCGGGAAAUCUUCUCCCGAGAAAGGCUAUUUUUGUACACGUUUCGGCGAAAGAUGUAG